AAAGAGCUGCCUCAGAAGGGACUGCUUGGAUGGCUCAUGGUCCGUGAGUGGGUCCGCAGGUCCAGAUAAGUACCUGAUGCCUACCGCAGUCCCUCUAGCCAGCCACUGGUGGCACCCAGGUCUGAGGAGCUAUGUGCUGGCUGCGGUCGUGGAGCCAAAUCCUCCUGCCAGUUUUUCUCUCUCUCUUUCUCAUCCAACUGUUUAUCAGCUUCUCAGAAAAUAGCUUUUCCCAAAUCUCCAGAUACCAGAGCAAGCACAGACCAAAAUCUGUGAAUGACGAAUGUACUGCAGUGAAUAAUUGCCAAUCAUGUAUAAACAGAAAGAAAUGUUUUUGGUGCAGUGAAGAAAAGGCUUGCAAAAAAAUUUGUUUUCUAAAUUCUCAGUGUCCUGUCAGUUGUUCAUUUUGGUUAAACUGUCAAGUUGACAUGUUUGGAUUCCUGAUGCUUCUACUCCUUGCGGUCAUGGUUAUAGCGUUCAUUUGUCAAUGCUGCAUUUAUCAACAUUACCUACAGAGAACUCAAGUCUAUAUUGGUAGAAGACCACACACAGUUUACCUUCCUCAUGGGGGUGAUCCUGUGUAUAAUGAAUAGAUAACUGAAAAGCUGGAUUGCCCAGAUAGAGAAGAAGGAAGUUUCUUCAAUGAGUUUUGAAAUCCACCUGACAAAAUUUUAACUCCUUUGAAAAGGAUGUUCAAUGCCUUUUUGGAGUAAGGCAGUAUUUUCCACAUUCAAGUUGCUGCCUGGCCAAAUCCACAAACAGGAAUGUUAUUAAAGAAAGUCUUCGUUGGAUUGUAGGUGAGAUGAGAUGACCCUAAUCAUCGCGACUGUACAACCAACAGAAAUUUACUCCAAACUUUCACCUUCUUAUAAAUUCGGUCCUCAUAUAAUAAAAAGGGAGAAUAAAAA